UCGUACGAUACGAAACGCUUGUUGUUUUGACAUACACUCGAGACAGUCCGGCCUCAAGACAGUCUAGUUUUCUCCCGUGGGGAAAAUGUGAGAAGAAUUCAUAAAUUGGAAAGAACUAUACGUUUUUCGAAGUCAGUAUUCCUUUGAAGUGUCUAAAUUUUUUUCAAAAAUUUCGAAGCCAAGUUCAGGACGUCAAAUGAUGAAGUUUAAGUCGCUUUUCCGUCGAAAAGCGUCACCCACUGGCAAUAACGAAGCGAACUCGGCCAUCUCCCCAUCAGCUUCGUCCAUAUCGCAUUCGUCUUCGUCAUCAUCACUUGCUGCUCGUUCAGCCAGCCCUCCAGUUCAAUCUAAUGGCCAUGGAGCAGAACUGGUUGAAGCAACAAUGUCUCUUGGGAGCCCUCCCAUUACAAUUACAUCUAGGAUUAGAUCUUCCACUGACCCAAAUCUUAUUUCACCGAGAACAGAAGCACUACCACCUGUACCUAUGCCCUCAAAUGAUUAUCUGAUGUUUGUUGAACACCAGGAUGAAACUUCAAGCCAUUCUGAAUAUCCUCUCAUCCACGCCAUCAAUCGAGAUGUAAUCAGAAACAUUCCAGGCAAUGAAGGCAAAGAAGACAUUGAUUAUGCUGGAAUGGCAAUGAGAGAUUUGGUAGAGAAUGGGGCUGUUGGAUGGGAACGCCAAUCCAGACAGAGCAGUGGAAGUGAAGUUUCAGGAGUAAGCCUGGCAUGCCUUCAGGGACGAAUCCAGCAGAUGGAAGAAACUCAUCAUAGUACUAAUGAAGAAUUACAAGCCACUCUUCAAGAACUUGCAGAUCUUCAAGUCCAGCUCAAUGAAUUCCAGGCUGAAAAUGACAAGCUCAAAGAUGAAAAGCAAACCCUAAAGAGGAAGCUGGAAUUAAGGACUGAACAGUUCAAACAAGCUAGAGAUCAGAUGGAGUCACUGAAGCAGCAUUUGCUCCUGCAGUGCAAUGAAGCCGAAGACGAACGAAAAGCUCUUCAAGCCAAACAAAUAGAAUUAGCCAAAAUGUUAGCGGCACAACAAGCUGAAGCAACCGAACGUGAACAACAUGUUACUUGGCUGACAUCUCGGGUUCGACAUUUGGAAGCUUGCAUUGAUGAAGGUGAUUCCAAACUUCAUUCAGAGUUGAACAAAUUGAUGAAAGAAAAUGAAAAACUGAGGCAAGAUAAAGAGUCAACUGAAGGGACGGCCAUUACCGCCCAGGAUCAAUUGGCGGCUGCUCAACGUGACAAUGCCCUUCUUCGAGACCAAAUUUCUGCCUUGCAAGAGGAGAACCGAACGGUUCGUCAGAAAUCGAAAGAAGAGGUAGCCGAUCUGGAGUACAAAGUUGAACAGUUGCUAGCCAAGAAGCAAAGCCUUAUUGUCGAAACAUCUACGCUUCAUUCAGCCGUCGCCGAGUUGGAAUCGUCAUGCCGUCGUCACUUGGAAGAUAAACGGGAAAUGCGUACAACCGCAGCCGACCAGCAGGUGAAACUGGCCGAUGCCUUAGCCCGCCGAGACGAACUCGAAAGACUGUCAUCUGAUGAACGAGCCAAAUGGGAAGCACAACAAGAAGAGUGGCAACAAUUUCAGAAAGAUUUGCUGACAACAGUUCGAGUGGCCAACGAUUUCAAACUGGAGACUCUGGCUAAAAUGGAGAAGGUUAUGGAGGAGAAUAGGGUCCUUCAUGAAAAGCUUGGAGCCUCUACACGAUCCGAAAAAUUCGGUUCCCCUGAAACGCGAACUGCAGCUCCAGUGAAGCCUCGUGUCUUACGCUCUCUAUCUACUUUGGACUCGAGCUCUUCCAGCGUGUCAAACAGCCUCCUUAGCGACAUCAAACCUCGCGCUGUAGCCACUCGCGUUGACAAGGGAUCGGUUAAGCGCAUCGUCGAGAAUCUAGAGGUGACGGCCUCGAACGUUCGAACAAAACCUGCUGGCGAAUUAGCCGAACCGGCUCCUCCAUCAAUAGCUACAUCACCUUCACCUCCUGUAGCGACUGUCCGGCCACGGUCUGAGCCAAUCCGACCCACUCAGUUGCAUCGUACUGAGAGCGAAGUCUUUCUACGUUCUCCAGUUCGGCCUAUGGAGACUCGUUCCUCCUUGACCGAAGCACCAGUUUACACUACUACAAGUAGCAGCUCAAUCAAAACGACUUCGCCACCUCCAGCCAGUUUGCAAUCCGGUGUUCUCUCAGCCUCAGAUUUGCAGCCUUCUGAAUCUUCAACAGCUGGACCUUUCUCCGGUCAAGUAUCGGAUCGUAAAGAUCCUCUAGCUGGCUUGGUUAAAAAUGGCGGAUCCAAGCGCAACGCCUUACUGAAAUGGUGCCAAACCCGAACCGCUGACUAUCCCAACAUUGACAUCACCAACUUUAGCAGUUCUUGGAAUGAUGGGUUGGCGCUAUGUGCCUUAUUACACACAUACUUGCCACAACAAGUGCCAUUUGAAUCUCUGACAUCAUCAGACGUGCGGCACAACUUCCAGGUGGCCUUCCGUGCAUCAGAAUCUGUCGGGAUCCCCACUUCGCUCGAUAUAGAAGAGCUGGCCUCUUCCGACAGGCCCGACUGGCAAUCCAUCAUGACAUAUAUCACCGCCAUUUACAAGCAUUUCGAAAUCUGAUGAGAUUUUUUUCCAAUCUUAAUCUUUCUAUUUUGAUUUCAGUUUCGGAAUUCACUUAAAUUCUGGCUAAUUGUGGACUUUCUUAAAGUUUGGAAUAUUCCCGCUCAUAUUAAAUAGGAUGGCUACUAAACUAAUUUUUUUUGAAUUUUUUUUCUUCUUUUUAAAAUGGUGGUUUGUCGACAAAAAAAAGACCAAAUUAAGAUUAUUCGUGCUAUAGUAGACCGUCACAAAGAACCAUUCCACUAAUCCCAUUCCAGCAGUACUGACUACAUGAUGAUUUGCUGUAACCAACAGUAAUCCUCCUCAUGCUAACAUUUUCUUUGGGACCAUUGAUUUCUUUUGUAGCUUCCAAAUACCAUGUUUCUCUGUCUUAAGCUCAUAUUAUGUCUCAUUUUUAAUUGAAAAAAAUUUAGAUUGAGAGGGAAGACCAACAUCUGAGAAGAUAUAAUUCUGUGUAACUGUGUAUAUUGACCGCCUUCCACACUGGAACUAUAUAUUCGUACAAUACAAAUUCGGCUUUGGGAUAUA